AUGGUUCUGCUGGUGGCAGUAGCAGAAGUGCUGUUGGUCCUGGGCUUGGCUGUGGAAUCAGACUCUCUCUGUUCACCUACCACCUUUUACAAGAACUGCUGGAUCCGACGCUUUCCAGGUCUUCUGAUUGACCUGCAGGAAUCACAGAAGAGGGGAGCCCAGGUGCUGAAGAUUUACGCAGAAGUGUCACCCCAACAAUGCAGCAGAACCUGCUGCCUUCUGAGGAAUGUUUCCUGCAAUCUAGCAGUGUUCUACCAUGGGGCCAUUCAUGAGAAUAUGAAUUGCCUGCACAUGUCUUGUCCAGCAUUGGAAAGUUGCAUACUAAAAUCUAGAAUUAAUGUCAUUUUGUACAACAUCACAACAGGGAUUGAUCCAGAUCUUCUUCUUUUUGAAAAAUUGACAUCCAAAGAGCCAGAUACUCUCUCCUCACCGAAUAAAUAUGAAAGACAGAACAGCACAAAGACCACUGAGUGGGAAAGAUGCCAGCAUCGUAAUGCCACAUCAAGUUCUCUUCUCCAAGCUCCAUCUUCUACCACCAGCUAUGGCUUAACAGCAAACACUUACAACUCCAGCAUAAGCUUGAUAGUCAAAAAAACUGAAGUUACUACUUAUUCCAGGACACAAACUUUUCCACUGGAUGAUCAUUUUGCUGAGAGGACAAGCACAACUUUAGUAAGCACUAGGUCAAUCACCAGCUCAGACAAGACCAUUCACUCAACUUUGAUAUCCAAGUCUUCUGAGGCAUUAUCCCACAUGCCCACUCCUCCUCGUCUGAACAGCAGUAAGCAGCAUUUAAAUGAAACCAAAGGCUACAGUGGUAGAAAUUAUACUUCAGAUAAUGAGGCACCUGCUUGGGAAGCUGCAGCUUUGGGUGUCUGGUUGAUUCCUGUUGUUCUUUGCUCUUCUCUAAUAUUCCUUUGCUGUUGUACUGUUGCUUUCACAGCAGGGUGUUGCAGCAGUAGGAGAGGCCAGUAUAAGCCUGUAAGGAGAACAACAUUGAGACAAUUCAUAAAGUAUACUAGUGUCAAAAGUAAUUUGUAA